GUCAUAUUUUAGAAAAUAUGAUAGUUAUAAUACUACUAUGUAUUACAAAUGCACCAGGCCAUCAUGUGCAAGGAAAGGGAUAUUUAAAAAUAAUACCUUCCAAAAAUCUAAAUAUUGUACAGCUCCUGCCUGCUUAGAAAUAACACAAGUUAAAUCUAUAGCCACACAAACUGAUUACAUAAAUGUAGAUAGUAUAUCAGUAGCCACUCAAACAACAUUUGAGAUCAUAACCAACCAAGCAUCAAAUAAUAUGAUCCCUCUAACUAACCUAACAUCAAAUAAUAUGAUCCCUCCAACUAACCAAACAACAAAUAAUAUGAUCCCUCCAACUAACCAAAAUAAAUUUAAAAUAUGUCAUCUUGUUAACUUGGAAAUUUUAUUCUUAGCAUCAAAUAAUAUGACCCCUCCAACCAACCAAAUAAUGCCAAGUUCAAAUAUGAAGUGGAACACAUUUGAUGUUAGAGGGGUGAGGACGAAUAACCACGUUGAAGGAUUUAAUCGUGCUUUAAAGGAAUACGUUCCUUAUUCUCACCCCAAUAUUUAUUUAUUUAUUGAUAUCAUUAAAAAUAUAGAACAAGAUAUGGAUCUUAUGUUGAUGCAAUUAGAUGAUGGGCGAAAAGAUUUCGCCUGUGUAGUUGGGUCAGGCGAUAUUCCUGAAUGCGUCAUACGAUGCAUUGACAGAAAUGGAAAUAGCAACGCGUAA